UCCCCAAGUUUCCUCAGUCUCCUAGAGGAGCUAGCAUGGCCAAUUUCCUUUGUAAUUUUGGAAGCAGGUCUGUUGCCAUGGAAUCUACAUUCUGACUGGAGUCGAGGUGUAUAAAGGUGACCAUUUGUUUUCAGUUUCAAAGAUCUGGCAAAAAGAUAGGUUGUUGCUCUUCUUCUGGAAAAGCCUGACUGGUAGGAUUCCUUUAAGGGCUCAGCCCCAAGAGCUUUAUCCCAUCCCCUCGCCUACUUAAAAGUUAAAGCUCCAGGAAACCUCUGAAGGGGAUUCUGCCGGCUCCAUCACUUCCCCCAAAUGGCUAAUCCUGGAGGUGGUGCUGUUUGCAAUGGGACGCUUCACAAUCACAAGAACCCCAGCCAUGGCUCGCAAAGUGGAACCGGCACCAAGAAUGGAAUCAUGAAAGAAGCCCAGCAAAAUGGGAAGCCACAUUUUUAUGAAAAUCUCAUUGUUGAAUCUUUUGAGGAAGCACCUCUUCAUGUUCUGGUUUUCACCUACAUGGGAUAUGGAAUUGGAACCUUAUUUGGCUAUUUCAGAGACUUUUUGAGAAACUGGGGAAUAGAAAAAUGCAAUGCAGCCGUAGAGCGAGAAGAACAAAAGGAUUUUGUGCCCCUGUAUCAAGACUUUGAGAAUUUUUAUACGCGGAACCUUUACAUGAGAAUCAGAGACAACUGGAACCGGCCCAUCUGCAGUGCUCCAGGGCCUCACUUUGAUGUGGUGGAAAGAGUAUCUGAUGACUAUAACUGGACAUUUAGGUUUACUGGAAGAAUCAUCAAAGAUGUCAUCAACAUGGGCUCCUAUAACUUCCUUGGGCUCGCAGUCAAAUACAAUGAGUCUAUGAAGACAAUAAAGGAUGUUUUAGAAACAUAUGGCUCAGGUGUGGCCAGCACCAGACAUGAAAUGGGUACCUUGGAUAAGCACAAAGAGCUGGAGGACCUUAUGGCUAAGUUCCUGAAUGUAGAAGCAGCAAUGGUCUUUGGGAUGGGAUUUGCAACUAAUUCAAUGAAUAUUCCUGCACUAGUUGGAAAGGGAUGUCUCAUUUUAAGUGAUGAGUUAAACCACACCUCUAUUGUCCUUGGGGCCCGACUCUCCGGUGCAACCAUAAGACCCUUCAAACAUAACAAUAUAGAAGACUUAGAGAAGCUCCUGAGAGAAGCUAUCAUCUAUGGUCAGCCUCGAACCCGCAGAGCUUGGAAGAAGAUUCUCAUCCUGGUAGAGGGCAUCUACAGCAUGGAAGGUUCCAUUGUGAAUCUGCCCCAGAUUGUGGCUCUGAAGAAGAAAUACAAGGCCUACCUCUACAUGGAUGAGGCUCACAGUAUUGGGGCCUUGGGCCCAACUGGCCGGGGUGUCAGAGAAUACUUUGGAAUGAACCCUGAUGAUGUUGAUGUGUACAUGGGCACCUUCACCAAAAGCUUUGGAUCCUCUGGUGGUUAUAUAGCUGGAAAAAAGGAACUUGUGGAUUAUUUACGGGUUCACUCACAUAGUGCUGUUUAUGCAACAUCCAUGAGCCCCCCGAUUGCAGAGCAAAUCAUCAGAUCACUGAAACUCAUCAUGGGCCUGGAUGGGACCACACAAGGAUUGCAGAGAAUACAGCAACUUGCAAAAAACACAAAAUACUUCCGAGAGAAACUGAAGGAACUGGGAUUCAUUAUCUAUGGCAAUGAUAAGUCUCCUGUUGUUCCUGUGCUCCUUUACAUGCCUAGUAAAGUAGCGGCUUUUGCAAGGCAUAUGUUAGAAAGAAAAAUCGGGGUGGUUGUCGUUGGAUUUCCAGCUACUCCACUCGCAGAAGCUCGGGCUCGGUUCUGCAUUUCGGCAGCACAUACUCAGGAGAUGUUGGACACAGUUUUGGAAGCCCUUGAUGAAAUGGGUGAUCUCCUGCACCUGAAAUAUUCCCGGCACAGGAAGUCAGCACGCCCUGUACUCAAUGACGAAAUGAGCUUUGAACUUGACGAUUAAGUUUCCUGGUCCUGGAUGGAACAUAAAGACUUUGCCAGAAAGACCUCCCUCCUUGCCUCAGAAGGAAUAUAAAUGGAUUUCUCCCCCUUCCUAAGGACAAUUUUGUUUUUCAGACCAGCUUAAUUGAACUGAGGGAGACAUCAUUGUGUUUUUAAUGUCUCAACAUGUGACUACAGAAAUGAAAAUAUGGUUCCAGAUUUAAGUUUCUCCUCCCCUCCCAAGUAUCUGCUAGAAACACACACACACAUACACACACACAUACACAAACACACACACACGUAUACCCACAUGCACAUUUCUAAGAAUAUUUUUAAUGGCAAUGAGUCUCCUUUAGCUGCUACUGUGCAGCCUGAUUGGUUCAGAACCUUUCAGGAGUUCCAACCAAAUGAGAGGAUUUUGAUGGUGAAUUCCACAAUCUCAUUGUAUGUUUACUGUAUUUCAUCUACAGACAACAGUAAGGGUUGUGGAGAGAAGCUGGAGUAGCUGACUUCCUCAUUCCACCCAUAAAAGUUCUUGCUACAACUCAUCCACAUCAUGGGAAGCUCCAGGCAGGAGGGUAAAGAAAUGUUGCUUCUACCAUUUGCCACAUUUGGACUUUUUCCAAGGACAAGUGUCAAAAGACACAGUUAACGUUUUAAGGGAGAGAGCAGAAUUGGCCUGCAGCAACUGGAGACGUCUUUAAAGGAAACUUUUCCUUUUCCUCUUGCCCUUCUAUGGUUUUACAGCUGAGUUUUUGAGGUUGGGAAAAUCAAGACUCUUGUAUCAUAAAGGAGGGCACAGAAAGCAAGCACAGCCAACUUUAGGCCUAGACUAGAACUGUAAAAUUAUAACUACUCCAAUAUUGCUUGUGCCAUACAAAGUGAAUGUUUAGCAUGCAUAGCCUUUAUUACUUUAAGGAAUAACGUGCCAUUUUCCUGUUGAAUUCUGAGUAAAAGGUAAGAUUCAAUCUCCUUUAGAACUGACUCCCAAGACUACACUUGAACAAUGUAUUGAUUCAAGAAGGACAUUUAACAUUGAAUUCUCUCAUCUCCUUCAAGACUGCCACACUCCUUCAGGCCUAUUAAAUAAUACUGUGAAUUUGGCACAUAUACUCAGAUUGGGUGCAAGGUGGGCCUGCACAAGUUCAAGCAACUAACUGUAAUUUAUUUGUUUACUCUCUCGUUCUCUCUCUCUACCGUCUCUCUUACACACACACAUACAAUAUGAACAUAUUCUUCUUUGAAAAAUUAGUCCUUUGCUAAUUGGAUCUAGUUGGUAUGGAAAAAAACAGUGGAAAACCUUAUCUUUAACAAGCUCCCAGAUGGUGCCCAGAUUUGGAAACUCUAAAGAGCAGUGGUGACCUUUUAGCCAAGCUUCUGUAACAGUUCGAAUGAGUUACAGAACAUUCCACUCCAUCAAAUGACACUGUAAACAAAUCACUUCAAGAGAGGUCUGGCUUUGUGUGACACAGAUGGGCCCAAGCUUUCAAGCUGUGCGCUGAGAUAGAAACUCAACCCGCAGCACCAGUGUUGGUGGAGAAAUACGCCCCGAUGCUCAAAGCUCGUUCAAGGAAAAAGGUGAUUGGCAUGGAAAGCUUUUUAUGAAUUAUAACCCCCAGUGGGUUCAUCAGUUUAAAAGUGAAUCAUGGUGAGGAAGUUCCUCAUGAAUGGUUAAUGUUAGCGAUGGAAGAAAAAAAAAGAAGUUCUGAAAAUUCAGUUGCUUCAUCCAAGGAUUGGUUUUGAUAACGAAUUCCAACCCUCUCAAUGAACUGGUGCAGCAUUAUUUGUGCAAUGAAAGCAUAUGUCAUAUAAAUGUGCAAAGACAAGAGACAUGUAGGCCUUUUUAAAAUAUGCAUUUGAAUGACAUUGUUCCUAGUGAAUUGUCCAAAAUGUCUGACUAUUCUGAAGUUCUAUAAAGGACAAAAGAGGUGAGGAGAGCAGUCAGACAUCUAAGCCUUCCCUAAGAUAUAACAAAGCAAUAAACAUACCCCUUUUUUCUAUAUCUGUCUGGGAUCUUCACAUAUGCCUUCACACCUAACCUUUGAGUUUUAAGCCCCUAGAUGAACAGGUGUCUUUGUCAGCAGAAAUAUCUACCCUUAGAACUUUCAUGGAGGAACCUGAGUCUAAUUCAUUACUCACCUGGAAUGUGGGGCAGGGAGAAUAGUUUCUUUUCAUUAAGAUCCAAGAGUCCUGGACAAUUUAAUACAUUCCCAUAUAUAAGAGAAAAGACCUAUUUCUAUCAGAGAGCCUAUGCUGAAUAUGCACUUACAAUAACAACUCUAACCCAAGUGGAAUGCUUCUUGAGUACACCAGAAGAGACCCUGACUCAUAGAGCUAGCAAUGUAAGAGGAAAAGGUUGAUUGAGAGGGUGAUUGUGAAUAAUGAGAAAUUUUUUAUUUUCAUGAGCUGAGUCCUCUAGUGAUAGGUUAAUAAGACCAUGAUUUCAAUUCAGUAAGGAUUAUUGAGCCUUGAUAACUGCAUCAGAGUUUGGGUCCAUUAGGAGAAAGAAUUUUCUAACAGAUCUAUAAUGUUUUGCAUCCCCAACACUCAUAUUUGAAUGCACACACACACAUACACAAGUGUGCCUUUCCUUUGCAGAAGAAAUGAGCAAAAAGGUAUAAAGAAGAGAAUCUUAUUGGAUGAUAGAGAGAUGGAAAAUGUUGUUCUAGAAGAUAAACUUCAGAGAAGCAAAAGCCAAAGGUUUCAGACUGGCAUUUAAUAAGGAUACCUUUGCACAAUAAGGAAAUGGCAUAGACUCACUGCUAAUAUUAACUUGGAAAGAUGGCAUUGUGGAUAUUUGGCCAUAGAACCUUUUAGUAUGUUUUGAUUUGACAGAGACCACAGGUUUCAGAAUUUACUAGGAGGCUUGUUAAUGUACAGAUCCCUGGGCCCCACACCAGACCUCCAUGGAAUCAAAUAGCUGUGGUGCCCAGGAAUCUACAUUUUAAUAAGCCUUCUCAGGUGAUUCUAAAACAUGCCAGAAUUAGGAACCAUUAUUGGAGGUUUUGGUAGACCAGUUGGCCCUAAUAACAUAACAUGGAACUUCAUUCUGAUUUUCUGUUGGUAUUUAAAGAAGCUUAUACAAAAGUGAAUUUAUUCUAUGGCCACCCUUUUCUCCUCAAUGGAACAUUUUCUUCCCAUUCUCUAAGUCACUUUUCUUUUUACAAAAGAAAAGUGAAAAAUAAUAUGCUUUGGGGCCAAAUUCCUUCUCCAGUUUUCUUUUGCAUCAAUAUUUACAAGAUGUUUUUUUUUCUCUUUGCAUCACCUUGUUUCCUUGAAUGUGGUAUCUUCUUUUUUCCUAUUUUUUCUUCCUAUCUUAAAAAAAACUCAACCUGAUUAUUUAUUUAUUCCAACAAUAGCUCCUCAGCAGGGUGAAAUUCUUAACAGUUUCUCAAACAUGCAGUAUGCCUCUGUAUUUUUCUUCAAAGACAGCAAAUAUGUAAAUGGAUUACUCUGAUUUAAAAGCCUAAGUUCUGAUGAUGAAACCUGCACUCUGUUAAAUAUAAACUCUGAUUUACAGCAGUAAUAACAAUUGUAAUAAUGGCAAUGAGAACAUCAUGUGGUGAAUGCUUUGCACUUUUUCCUGGUCUCAAAACUGUAAGAAGGACAUUUUUGAAGUUUGUUCUCUCAAAGCCUACCCAGCUGUGUAGUCUUUAGGAAAUUAAAAUGAGAUCAUAUCUUAAA